AUGACCGUCGAUCCUCUAAAGGCUGGUGACGUCUUGGAAAGGCUGAGGCGAUCACUUCGCAUAAGGUCGUUGUCGGCCGAAGAUUUGGUGUCGGUGCCUCCUAGAUUGCAGAAAAAUGUUUUAUCCACUACUCCUUUUGCUCCAAAUCAAGUUGUGCUUCAGGGGGACAAGAAGAGGACCUUUACCUUUGAUAGUGUGUUCUCUCCUGAGGUCUCCCAAAAGGAAUUAUACGAUCGUUCUGUGAUGAAUCUGAUCAAUAGGUUCAUAGAAGGUUAUAACGUGACGAUUUUGGCGUACGGUCAUUCUUUAUCAGGAAAAUCCCAUACACUGGGUAUCUCUGAUGGAAUCUCUUACACGCGUGAAUCGAGAGGUAUAAUCCCUCGGUCCAUGGCCACCUUGGUUUCCUAUAUCAACUCCGCGCAAUACAGAAAACGAAAGUAUGUAAUGCGAAUUUCAUUCGUGGAAGUAAAUGACGGAAAAAUCAUCGACCUCCUUAACGAAGAUGACAAUAAAGCUAAGCCGCAGGUUCUGAUUCGGGACGAUUCAAACGGACAAAUAAUUUGGAGUGAUUUGCAAGAAAUCAAAGUGAAUAGUUUGCAGGAAGACCCGGACAUUCCCAAGUCCAUGAUUCUGCCAAUAGAUAACAUGAUAUGCAGUUUGGGAAUGCGCAAAGCAGCGGAAGCACCUCAAACCAGUGAUAUCGAACAAAAUUUUCCACAAAUAUUGAAGGAAUAUCUUGGUGGAAAUGCCAGCGUAUUGGUGAUCUCAUGCGUUUCUCCAGCGGCCUUUCAGAUUAGUGAGACCAUCGACACCUUAGAACUGUCCACCCAAGCUCGUAAUAGCAAGUGUAGGGUCGCAAUGCAUCAAGAAGUUGGUUGGCAGAACGUGGAGCAUUUACAAGAUCUCGUGUUAAAGCUUAAAUCCGAAGUGGAUACAUUAAAAGAGAAUGAGGAGACGAACAAAGCGUCCGAAACAAAGGGAAGUUCCCCGAUUACCGAAAGACAGAGACGCCGAUCUUCCAUACUUGCAAGUAUUUUGACGAACGAUCAGAAUCCUUUGCCGAAUGAGAAGGCAAUCCUGCCGAGAAUUUUGCAAGAUUCCAAAAAAAUAGGUGACGAGAAUCGUGAAGAUCCCAUGACCUUCUUGCAGAAAGGACUUGACCCGGUGAUCAAGGAGUACGAAAAAUCACUUUCAGUUCUCGAGAAUCAACUUUCACAUGCUCGCGCCGCCCUAGCUCAUUCCGAGAACACCGCGCGUUUACAAGAAGACAAGCUGCAAGAAGCAGAAAAAUUCAAUAAUCAAAAUGUGCAUAUCAUAAAUGAACUCAAGAACGAAAUUUCCAAGCUUAAGGAGAAGGAAGAAACCACCGAGAGUUACAUAACGGCCCUCGAAGCUAAACUUGAAUCUGAAAGAAAUUCGCACAAGAAAGACCACGAAACAGUUGAUGAAUUCAAGGGUGACUCGGGAAAAGUAAGAACCGGCGACAGUGCUAAUGAUGUCACAAGUCGAAUCGAUUCUACCGAAAGGAAGUUAGAGCAGAGUGAGAGUAAGAUCGCGAAUUUAAAUAAAUCCCUCCGAGAACUUCGAAAGCUAUUGGAGGAAAAGGAUCACGAGUAUCGUAAGCUGGAAAGGAAAUUUGAGGCACAAAAGAAUAAUAACAUCAAGGAAAAGAAGAAUUUGGCAGAGGAAAUCGAAAUGCGCGAAGCCAUUAUUUCAGAAUUAGAAAAGAAGAUUGAGAAUUUGAACAGAGGACCCCAACCUGAGGUGAAAUCUUCCGAUGGUAGCUCGAAACGUAAAGUUUCUAAUUCGGAACGUCAAAAUUCAGAGCUUUUAUUGACCAUCGAGGAAUUGCGCAAGAAACUUUCCAAAUCUGAAGAAGAUAACCUGCAAAAUCAGUCUCUCAUUGAUACCUUGGAGCUCACCCUCAACGAAAGUGAGAACAACCUGAACGAAAAAAUAGCCGCGCUUCAAAGCCAAGAAGGCGAUCUGGUAGAACAAAUUAAAGGUUUGAAAUCACAGCUAGAAGAAGCCCACAAAGAAGUGGAGGACACAAGAGCGUCAAUGUAUCACACUAAACAGAGGAUGGAGAGAGCAUUGGAAGAAGAACGAAAAUCUAAAGAGAAUCUGAAGGUUCGGUUGGAGGAAGCCAAGGAAGAAGUGAAAAAUAAAAAGUCCGAAAUAUUAGCUACGAAACAGGAGAUGGAAAGAGCUUUGGAGGAGGUCAAAGAAAAAUCGGAGAUAAGUCUCGGAAUUUCUCCAAAAAUUAAACAACCGACGUUCUUCAAUUAUCCUGUAUACUUGCGUAAUAUCAACCUGAAUUCAAUUUAUGGAAGCGUUGAACAUUGGUGUGGCUCGAUUAGUAGUCAGGACACGGAGCAAGUCUUAGUCGAAUUGGAGAAAAUUACACAACUAUGUAAAGCCUUGUGUGAAUAUUUCCUCUGUCAUGCUUCAAGGAUCGAUCGCUUUAACAUAAAAUACGCAAAUUGGUUCAACAUCUUUGAUCUCAAAGAAUCCAUUAAAUCUCUAUCACAGAUCAAGAGUUUCAGAUUUAACAAAGAGUAUUUCCCCAAUCAGUUUAAAACUCUCACCUCUAUCACCAAUAGUGUUCAGGAUUUAAGGGUAAGCCUAAAGGAGUUUGGAGUCAAAGAUAAGACCGUCGAAGACAUAGUCACCCUUAUCAAAGCUCAGGAUAGCUUGACGGAUAUUAAAAUUUGUAUUCCUUUCACCGUUUUAUUCCAAAAUCUUUGGGACAACUUGGUUUCAUCGCGACAUGUCGACUCCAUGCAAACUAUUGAGUUCAAUGAGAUUGUCUUUGAUCCUACCAACACUUUCUUACUUUCUCAAUUAUCCAAAUUUCGAAAUUUACGUCACUUGAGGAUUUACAAGUGUAGAAAUUUUGACGGCGAUGUCAAAGAAGUUACCGAGCAUUCGGCGUUUGCUAAUCUUCGUCAGAUAUCUGUUUACAGAACAAGGGUGAAUCCUGAAGUUUUACACCUGCUGCUGAAAAAAUCUGGCAACAGCCUUACCGGAAUCGAAUUACAAGAUCACACCAUUGAGGGGUUUGAUGAUAUAGCAAAUUGGUGCAAAACUUAUUGUAAGAAUCUUACAAAAUUUGUGGCGUCAAUCAGGAAGCAGCAAAUUAAUAACAGCAUCAUUGAGCUUUUGAGGGGAUGUAAAAAUCUCGAAUAUUUCCAUAUUUACGAUGGGAAACUUAUAUUCGAAAACGAGGACAAUCCUUGGCCGGAAUAUUCGCCGCCCGAGUUGGAGUUAUUUCAUGCGAGCGACUUCCUGGGCGAAUUAGGUGAAAACAUACCAAAAACUCUUAGAGUUAUUAAAAUCUGGAUGAAUUGGUUGAUCACCUUAGAGUGCUUUAAAAAAUUUGUUGAAAGAUGCGUGAGCAACGCUUCAAAGUUGAAGGUCAUGGAGUUUAGACAUUGCGUUGGAUUCGGAAAUUCUCACAGGGACGUCAUCAAGAAAUAUUUGUGA